CAGAGAGGGUCCGAAGUGAUUCCUCAGGGGAAGCGAGAAGAGCGCAAAUCAUCCGAGCAGGAGCGGGAGCCGCGCGGAUACCCAGGACUGCCUUCUUAAUUGCGCGUAAUCUUCCGUUUCAUCCAUCUGAGCAGGAAGGAGCACUUUUUCUCUUUCUUUUAAAGAAACGGAGCAGAAAGAAACCCCGAUUCAUCUCCUUUUCUUUUUUGCCCGUUUGUUCCAAAAGCUGACAUUUUCUGCUUGUAUUUUUGUUUUGUCUUUUUGUCACCUGUACCUUGAUCCGUGGAGGGGGAGACUGUCGCCGACUCAGCGCGCACUCUCAUCCUGCGCUCCCCCCUCACCUCCUCCUCCUCUUUCAUCGCUUCUCUUCACAGCUGCUGCCUCCCAUUCUUCCCUCGACAUGAGGAGCAGCUAACCCUGGAUGCUGACAGCUCCCCUUUUUCUUCCCACAUGUCGCAUCUUUUGUUUACUUUGAGAAGAAUGAGCGCAUCUAAACAGAAAGUGGAAUAGACCCACGCCACUUUGCUCCUGUGACAGCGCUAUCAAAGAGAGACGCCGAGAGGAGAGGAGGGGAGGAAGAGAAGAGAGGGGAAAGGAGGAGAGAGAGAGAAAGAGAGAGAGAGACGGAGUGAAGGUGCGUUUUGAUGUUUGGCAUCCACGAGAGCAUCCAGAGGAGUGGGAGUAGUAUGAAAGAAGAGCCCAUGGUGGCCGGGAUGAACGCGGUUCGCACAUGGAUGCAGGGCGCCGGAGUGCUGGACGCAAACACAGCCGCCCAGAGCGGAGUGGGUCUCGCUCGGGCGCACUUCGAGAAGCAGCCGCCCUCCAACCUCCGCAAGUCCAACUUCUUCCACUUCGUCCUGGCUUUGUACGACAGGCAGGGUCAGCCGGUGGAGAUAGAGAGAACCACAUUUGUCGACUUUGUGGAGAAAGAAAAGGAAACGACGGGGGAAAAGACCAACAAUGGCAUUCAUUAUAGGCUUCAGCUCCUCUACAGUAACGGAAUCAGGACAGAGCAGGAUUUAUAUGUUCGACUUAUUGACUCCAUGACUAAACAGGCGAUUGUUUACGAGGGUCAGGAUAAAAAUCCAGAGAUGUGUCGGGUUCUGUUGACCCACGAGAUCAUGUGCAGUCGGUGCUGCGAUAAGAAGAGUUGCGGCAACAGGAACGAGACCCCGUCAGACCCUGUCAUCAUCGACAGGUUCUUCCUCAAGUUCUUCCUGAAGUGCAACCAGAACUGCCUGAAGAAUGCAGGGAACCCUCGAGACAUGAGACGUUUUCAGGUGGUUGUGUCGACUACGGUGAGCGUUGAGGGUCACGUCCUGGCCGUGUCCGACAACAUGUUUGUGCAUAACAACUCCAAGCACGGUCGGCGGGCUCGGCGGCUCGACCCCUCGGAAGGAACGCCGUCCUACCUGGAACACGCAACCCCGAGCAUCAAAGCCAUCAGUCCGAGCGAAGGAUGGACCACAGGGGGCGCAACAGUCAUCAUCAUUGGAGACAACUUCUUCGAUGGCCUCCAAGUCAUUUUUGGAACAAUGCUGGUCUGGAGUGAGCUGAUCACUCCGCACGCCAUCCGUGUGCAGACUCCGCCCAGGCACAUCCCAGGGGUGGUGGAAGUCACGCUGUCCUACAAAUCCAAGCAGUUCUGCAAAGGCACACCUGGACGCUUCAUCUACACAGCACUAAACGAGCCGACAAUAGACUACGGCUUCCAGAGAUUACAGAAGGUCAUCCCAAGACACCCUGGAGACCAGGAGAGAUUACCCAAGGAGGUGAUAUUAAAGAGAGCGGCUGACCUGGUGGAGGCCUUGUACGGGAUGCCUCACAACAAUCAGGAGAUGAUUCUCAAACGAGCGGCGGACAUCGCAGAGGCCCUCUAUACGACGGUGCCACGGGGGCACAACCAACUCGCCGGCCUGGGCAGCAGCUCCGUCCAUGCAGGCAUGAUGGCCGUAAACUCCUUCACUGGGUCGGAGGUGGCGCAGACGGCCAAUCAAGGUUUCAGUAGAAGUACAAGCAGCGUGUCCCCUCAUGGUUAUGUCCCCAGCUCAACUCCUCAGCAGAGUAGCUACAGCUCUGUGUCCACUAGCAUGAAUGGCUACGCUAACUCUGGCAUGGCAACCCUGGGCACCUCACCCAACUUCCUCAAUGGAUCUGCAGGCAACUCGCCCUAUGCUAUCGUCCCAUCCAGCCCGACCAUGGCGUCGUCAACCAGCCUGGCGUCCAACUGCAGCAGCUCCUCCGGCAUCUUCUCUUUCUCCCCGGCCAACAUGGUCUCCGCCGCCGUCAAGCAGAAGAGCGCCUUUGCCCCCGUCGUUCGGCCCCAGAACUCACCCCCUCCUACGUGCACCAGCGCUAACGCUAACAGCCUCCAAGAUCAGUCUUUUGUGGACUCUAGCAAGUACUCAUCAGCCAGCUCUCUGCAGGGCCUGGCCUUCUCUUGAACAAUCCCUGGGAUGAUUGUUCCACCCAUGUAGAGGAUGUGGGAAGCAGGAGUUUUUUUAGGGGGAAUGCUGAGAGGAAAGGACCCGGUAGCGAAGCCUGGCGAGUCUCCAUUAUUCUCCAGGAACCGAAGAUAAGAUGCGGGGCUGUGAAACUCAGGCUUUUCCAAAGGGGAUUUCAUCGGAAUGGGAGAUAAAGGAGACAUAUUGAGCCUUUGUCAUGUUUUUUUGUUUUUAAAUCCCUUUUUUUUGGUUGAAUUAGUGUAGCAUCUCUGACGCCAUGUUGGAUGGAGUUUAAAGAGACAGUGAGACACUGACCUCAUGAAAAGAGCAUUUAUUUAUCUUGAUGUUUAUGGCUGGAAGCUUUGGGUUUGUUCGCAGAAGGCCUCGGCGGCGCCUGUUCUGUCCGUUGGCAGCAACUCGCACAGGUCUGCAACACAAAAUACAAAGAAAACAAAGAAAAGAACAAAAUCCGUCCUCAUUGUUUGCUGCUAAUUAUCUCAUAAAUCUAAAGAAUUGUCCUUUUUAAGAUCCCCCCCCCAAAAAAAAAAAAAAACCUGCCUUUGUGUUUUUUUUUCUUUCAUUUCUCGUUUGUUUGUAUGACUUUUGAUAAAACUGUGAGGAUUGAGCUGUUUGCAAUAUGCUUUUACCUGCUUUGUGAUGUGAAGAAAAAGGUGAAGAUUUAGACUUUUUUGUUUGGAAAUGUUAGUGAAGACUUGAAAAGCCAGAGGAUGCGCACGUCCAGCCAGCACUGGUAUUGAAGGAGCCUAGCAAUUACCGAAUUUAACAAAAAAAAAAAAAAAA